AUGAUUUUAAAAGAAAUUAUUGUGAUCUUAUUUUUCUUCACAUUCAUUUGUAAUGCUUCUGAGCAAUAUCCAACACCAAAUGCACUAUGGAUAGGUACAGAUUUUUCGGGUAAACAAUUUCAGCCCGGUGAUUGGAUUGAUUGGGAAGUUAUGGCACCAGAAAACUACGAUGGCACAUAUAGUAUACUAUUAGUAAAUCGUGAAAUUAGGUCUGUGUUUGUAACGCUCCAAUCAGAAGUUUACUUUGAAGCUGGACUUAACAAAUUUUCAUUCGAGAUUCCAUCGAACUUGGAGCCGAGUCCUGUAUACUUCAUCAAUUUUCGAGGCCCUAAUCGAGAGGAUUACUCAGCCACUUUUACCAUUGGAGAACCGGGGUACGGAGUUACUAUAGUGAGCCCUGCUGCGGGUACAGUUAUGCACCCCGGUGACAUAUUAGAAGCUAGUUGGUAUGGGAAUUACGAUAAACCUGAUGUUGAUGACAUUCAUUUCAUUCACGCAUUAUUAGAACCAGCAGUAAAUAGUGAUAGACCUCGUACUUAUCUUUUCCUACCUGAUAGCAAUAGAGAAGAUAUGUAUAUAUCAUUUGAAUCACAAUAUUUACAGUGGCGGCUACCAGAUGAUAUUUUGGCACCCCGAGUUUGGAAAUUUGGUUUUCUGUUUAAUACAAGUGACGGUAGUUUUAGUACAAUUGUUUCUAGCGGGUCAUUUUUAAUAAAUCCUGAAGACGACGACCAACCACCUAGUGAUUCAGAGGAUCCAGAAGAUCCAGAGGGUACCGAUUCAGAGGAUCCAGAGUACACUGAUCCAGAGGAUCCAGAGUACACUGAUCCAGAAGACCCCGAUUAUUCAUACGAAGAAGACCCCGAUUAUUCAUACGAAGAAGACCCCGAUUAUUCAUAUGAGGAUCAUCCAUAUGAAGAAGACCCCGAUUAUUCAUAUGAGGAUCAUCCAUAUGAAGAAGACCCCGAUUAUUCAUAUGAAGAAGACCCCGAUUAUUCAUAUGAGGAUCAUCCUCGAUAUGAAGAAGACCCCAGAAAACCCUGA